AUGCCCCCCCACACCCAACCCCCCGGGGGCAUCGGCCUGCCCCCACCCGGCUCUACCACCCACCACCUGACCAGACCUGUCUUCCUCUGCAUCCUCUGCCUCCUGGUGUUGCUGCCGCCCUCAGCCUCCUCCUGCCCUCCUCCCUGUCUCUGCUACUCGGACGGCCUGGUGGACUGCGGGGGCCGGGGUCUCUCCUCCCUGCCGCCCCUUCACCUCUUGCCCUCGGGGAGCCGCUCCCUCCUGCUGGCCAACAACAAGCUGGCCUCACUGGGGGCUUCAGCCUUCGCUAAUCUCUCCUCUCUGGAGGAACUGGACCUCUCUAAUAACUACCUGGAUAAUUUACCAGCUGGAUUAUUCAGAGACAUGUCUAACCUGACAAGACUGACUCUGCACAACAACUCUCUGACAGUAAUGGACAGAGAACUCUUCCAGGGUUUGGGGGGUCUCCAGAGUCUGGAUUUGUCCCUAAAUGGUCUGUCGUCUGUACCUCUGGGAGUGCUGGAUGAGCUGCAGAGCCUCAGGUGGCUGUCUCUAGCGGGUAACAGGCUUCACGGUUUGGAGAGGGCAGCGUUUGAGCCGCUCGCCAACCUGCAACACCUGGAACUUGGACACAACCCAUGGGAAUGCGACUGCAACCUCCGUGAUUUCAAACACUGGAUGGAGUGGCUGCUGUACAGAGGGGGGAAGGUGGACGCGGUGGAGUGCACGCUGCCGAAGGAUCUGCGUGGGCGAGACAUCCGUGGCGUUCCAGUGGAAAUGUUCAACUACUGCCUCCAACUUGAAGAUGAGAACGGCGCAGGAGGUGGUGAUGGUUCCCGUUCCGGGCAAGGAGGCGGCCCCCCCUGCAGCAGAAAUGCUCUGAGCCCAAGUGGGGCAACGCCAAUUUCUGACAGCAACACUGCUGAUGACUCCUCUUCAAACACAGGGGGUGGAGGAGCUGGUGGAGAGGCCCCGGCUGAUUGUGUCCGUGCUCGUUAUCGCCCUGUGAGCGUGCGCCGCGCCAUUGGCACAGUAGUGAUUGCUGGCGUGGUGUGCGGAAUCGUUUGCAUCAUGAUGGUCGCAGCGGCAGCUUACGGCUGCAUCUAUGCCUCGCUGAUGGCCAAGUACCAGAGAGAGCUGAAGAAGAGGCAGCCGCUCAUGGGAGACGGAGAUGCAGACGGAGAGGACAGGGAGGAGAAACAGAUCUCCUCUGUGGCCUAGAGGAGUGGUGCGACCUAAGAGGGUCAGUUCAUUGUAGGGUGAAGGUUGGCAGGGGCGAAAUUCAAAAGGGCUUGAAGAGGUGAGAGAUGGAGUGGCUCAUUUUAUGCACACAGACAGUUAUUGUGUCUCUCCCUCUGACUCUCAAAAUGACACAUUUCUCCCACAUUUUUGUCUUCCUCUCUUCCCCUUUCUAUUUUUACCUUCUCCCUUUCUAACA